ACAAGAACACACCGGGAAAACGAAGAGGAAAUUAAAAAAAUAGUAAUAGGCGAGAGGGAGAAGGAAGCGCCGUAGCCCCCGAUGUUGUUUUGGGGGAAAUAUUUUUUUACGCAGUCUAGAGGACUUAACAUGGGGGAAAGAGAGAGCUCCUGACGAGGAUUGACUUUCAGUAAACCUCUGCUCUGUGGUAAAAGUCUGGCUAAUCGUCAGGGAGGAAAAAGGCGACAGGGAAGACAUGUUUUGGGAUUUUUUCGUCUUGAGGUUGCGGUAGGAUGUUCAUGAGCUCUCGAAACAGAUAAUCUCAUGAAGGAAAAAAACGCGUUUGUAGAAAUUGGGCGGUCGGUUCAAGACCCAUUGUUUUGAUCUGUGUUUGUUUAAUUGGUUUGUUAUGAUCUGAAAUAGCGUAGGCCCUGGGCAGCCUGCAGUAAAUACACGGCCAGGGGAACAUACUGCUGUAACACUGCUGGAAAUUAAACUGACCAUCUUAUUUUUAGAGGGCAUUGCUAAUUUGAAACGCUCCGUUUUGCGGUAGCGGCGUCGAUAAGCUGCUUGUUUUUAAAUCAAGCGCGGUGCUUGGAUCAAAUUGCUUGAUCAGAGAGCCAAAACAUUGUAGAUCCAUCAACUCUUAGUGGGGGUCAUACAAAGGCCCAGUGGAAAACAUCGUGCAGCCUAUGAUCUAGGCAUUAUUGCAGUAAAGCUAAAGCCCUUUUUCGCUUUCAAUUUUAAGACGAUUUUUAAAUACAGUGUAGGAAUCUUGCACAGACUGGCUUUAGCACCGAGCUGGCCAAGAAUAGGUGUCAGUCUUUUUAUUCCAGUUUAGAUCAAGGCAGGGAACAUAAGGAGAUUUUUAAAUGUUAAUGUCGACCGACGUUGCAUCCAUCAUGCUGCCUGUGUCCCGGGGUCUGAUGGACCGGGAUAGAGAGCUGGACACCAUGGCUGGAGUGCAUGCCAACCCGGGCGGUGCUCCUGCAGCCGUCCGGGGGAUGAAGCGCGGAGACCCGGAGCCCGACGCUCAGACACCGGCGGCUCUGGUGGAGUCGGCCGGCGCGGAGUGCAAGCGUCCCCGGAUCGACGGCUCUGGAGGGAUCGCCGAGGUUGGCCAGAACAAUGACCCCCUCACCCUUGGUUACCAUGGCUACCCGACUCAUAGUCAGGGCUCUCAGGAUAGUGCUGGUGGCCAGGAGGGUCUUGUGCCCCCGCCCUUCUCUGCGUUCCCACCACCUCCACCGCCACCCCCCCAGAACGGCCUGGCCUUGGACUAUGGGGGCAGCCUGUAUGCAGCAGGGGCUGUGCAGGGGCCCGUGGAGGCCGCAGGAGCAGCGAACACCUCCGCCAACGCCCCCAACAGCCUCAGUGCCCAACAGUCAGAUGGGUCCGCCCAGAUUGACGGCCAGUCAGGGGUUGGUUCAGGAGGAGGCGGUGGUGGAGGGAGUGUCGGGGAUGACUCAGAUGCCAAAGGGACCCCCAAACGCCUUCACGUGUCCAACAUUCCCUUCCGCUUCCGAGACCCUGAUCUACGACAGAUGUUUGGGCAAUUUGGGAAAAUCCUCGACGUUGAGAUCAUUUUCAACGAGAGGGGAUCCAAGGGCUUUGGCUUUGUAACAUUCGAAACGAGCGCCGAUGCAGAGCGGGCCAGAGAGAAGCUGCACGGCACCCUGGUGGAGGGACGUAAGAUCGAGGUCAACAAUGCCACAGCCAGGGUGAUGACGAACAAGAAGAUGACCACGCCAUACUCGAACGGAGAGGGGCUCGCAGCGCUACCAUACGGUAAUGCAUUAUCUGGAUGGAAGUUGAGUCCCAUGGUUGGAGCUAUGUACAGUCCUGAGCUCUAUACAGUACCGGGGUUUCCAUACCCAGCAGCAGCAGCAGCGGCUGCCUCAACCGCUGCGACCUUUCGGGGCGCUCACCUCCGAGGUCGCGGCCGGCCAGUGUACAGCGCUGUGAGGGCAGCUGUGCCCCAGCCUGCCAUCCCUACCUACCCUGGUGUGAUGGCCUAUCAGGAUGGUUUUUACGGUGCCGCUGAUCUCUAUGGUGGCUAUGCAGCGUAUCGUUACGCCCAGCCUGCCGCAGUAGCGACUCCCACAGCGGCGGCGGCGGCUGCAGCAGCAGCUUACAGUGACAGCUAUGGACGGGUUUACACGGCAGACCCCUACCAUGCUGCGCUCGCCCCAGCCGCCUAUGGUGUCGGAGCCAUGGCCACACUGUACAGGGGAGGCUACAGCAGAUUUGCCCCCUACUAAAGACACUACAUUUCCCAGGAGCUCCUCCCUUCUCUUGAAUUACUCUGAAAGAGCUCCUUCUGUCGUCCCGGAGGCGGACUGCACCCUGUUUACGGAGUGUUGAGUCCGCUACAGCAAAGAUAUUUCAGAUCCCGCCCCAGUGCAGUCCCACUUUUUCUUAUAUACGCUACUACAAAAAUAGAGGAAUGCUGUAUUAAAGACUGGUGGAAGGCCUUUGCAUUAAAAAAAAGAAGAAAAAAAAAACCAAGAACUAAAAAUGGCCGCCUAAUCUAUUGCACGGCUGUAUUAUAGUACCCCCCCUCCCGCCCCCCCCUUUUUAUUCCCUCAACACUCAGCAGCACAAGAAGCGAGAUGGAGCCCAGAUGUUCUUCCAAAGGCUGUAACUAGUGCAUGGAUAACUGACAUUUUAAACAGCUGUCACCCACGUAAAAGAGCGAGCCAAGUGCGAUGUGGCCCCGCUCACGCUCAACAUGUGAGGAAAACGAGCGGGAAAAGAGCAGUCGAGGAACCGAGAGGGUUUUUUCUUCCUCCACCCGCCCCACUCCCUGCAUUCGUUUGGCUUUUUUUUUUCCCCUCCCUGCCCAUAAAACUUUGGAGAGAGCGCGCGCAAAGAGCAAGAAGGUGCGCCGAAAAUAGCACCGCAGAAAAACAUUUUGGACCAGAACGACAAGAUGUUUAAAAUCACAAAACACGCCCCCCCCCCCCCCCCCCCCCUGACGGAUUUUUAUAAUUCCCUCUUGUGUGGGCGGUAAGGAGGGUAAUGACAAGAUCCGCACUCCCGCCGCGUUCGGAUCAGAGGGAGACGAAAACACGGUGGCUCGGGAAGGCGGCGUGGCGAUUUAUAGCGCUCUAGAAAUCACUUUGGAAAGCUGAAGGGGGGAGGGUUAUUAGAGCUGUACCUUACCUCAAGUUUUCUUAGUAUGUGGAUAUGGUGAACCUUUAAACUUAAAUUGUUAUGAUAUGCAAAGAAAUUAGUUUAGAGAAAAAAAGUUACCAAAUUAUUAUUGCUAUUAUUAUUAUUAUUAUUAUGAUUAUGAUUAUUCUUAUGACCAUCAUUUUGUUUGAUGCAGCUAAACAGCGCUCACUCUGCUGUUAUGGGACAUCGAGGCACCGUUGUGAACCUUGGGCUGAAUGAUGGGAGAAACGGGCAUCUGCAUAAUUCAUUUUACACCACUGACGAUACGAUAGCGUCCCGUCUCGACCCCUGAAUCCCACCUGCCAUGCACAAGGUUUCACUCCUCUGUACGUCACCACCACUGAACACUACACACACACACAUAUACGCACACACCACACACACUACACCGAGUAGAGCAAAAUGUUGUUUCUCGCCUAGCUGACAUUAGAUCCGGACACAGCCGACGCCAUCCAGUUCAUCACCAGGACCCCCCCCCGGGGGUUCGAGUAUGGGUUUAAUCCUCUUAGCGUUUCUAAUGCAGAGAUUUAUUGUUUGGGUUUCCCCUCACGCUCCAUCUUUUAUAGAGCAAGUCAAACAUUUAAACGAGUCUUCCUGAGGAAAAUAAUUAAGUUGGUAAAUAUAGUCGAGUAAUUACUGAGCAAGAGAGAUUCUGUCAGUGAGUCAGUAGAAAAUAUUUAAAAUGCAAAACACCAUACUAUUGUGCAUAUUUCUAUAUCCUUAAAGUCUAUUUCCAAAUGUGGCUGUUUUUUUUUUUUUUUUUUUUUUCUUUUUGGUUCCAAAGAUUUGUAGAAAGCACAUUUUUCUGCUUCUGUGUAUAAAUAUAUUAUCUCCGUUAUUGUUAUUAUCAUGAUCCUUGAUGAUCUUAUGGCUGUCUUUUGUUACUUGCAUUUAUGUUCUAUUUUUCUAUCUGUAAAAGUUGUUUUUUUGGGUUUUUUUUUUUUUUCUCCCUUCUUUAGUAAGGUGCAAGUUUUAUUGGACUCAUCGAGUUUUGAGUUUUGCUUUGGAGUGAUGUUUUUGAGCUGAAGGGACACCAGGGGAGGUACACUGAGGGAAAAAUAAGAAAUGCAUGUAACACUACCAAACUUGUUUUUCUUUCUGUUUUUUUUUUUUUUCCUUUGGUAUUUUAUUUUCUCAGUCAAAUAUUCAGUCAGUCCAGGCUUUUUUUUUCUUUCUUUUGUUUUUGUAUCGUCGUCGGUUAAUGAUGAUAGGGUUUGCUAGCAUGAGAUUUAAUUGUAUUUUAAAAAUUACAGGAAUGGAUGAAAACAUUUGGCCUUAUAUAUAUAUUUUUUUUAAUCGUCCAUAGUUUACAGGUGACUGAGCCCUUAGGAAUAAAUGAGCACAGGCCUGUGGCACUUCUCAAGGGCUGAAGCCAGUUGUUUUCUUCUUUUUCUUUGCCUUUUUUCCCCAUUUUGUCAUUUUAAUGUAUUUCUUUUUUUGUUUUUUUUUUGUUUUUUUUUUCAACGUGAGUCUCCUUGCAUUUCAAUAGUGAAAUCUGUCUGUUUGGUCAGUGUGACCGCUCCAGGUUUGAUGGAUGAAGACAUACACUAAAAUGUCUCAAAAGUGUUAAUAUUCCUGUAUGGUUAAAACCGAUCAUGUCAUUGUGGGAUAUGUACUAAGUACAAAGAAAUACUAAUGUUUAAAAUGCUGCAAAGUAAUGUUUUUCUUUCACUUUUGUAAUCAUUAACUCAUUUCAUCGCUCCCUUUUACGUUGACCACUUCUCAAAAAAACAAAACAAAAAUGAGUCAACAAGUCAGUUACUUUCUUUCUUCCUCGUAAAUGUGCUGCUGUUGGGUUUUUGCGUUGGCCACCUGCCUACGUUUUACUUUUUUUUUUUUUUUUUAAUAUGUCCAUAUUACUAUAGAAUGUUCUGUGUAUAACAUCCAAAAAAAAAAAAAAACAAGAAAGAAAGAAAACUUAGCCAAAGAUGCUAACGGCGGUCCCUCCAUUUUUCGGUUCCCGACUUGAGAAGUGCUACACAAACCACACAGAGACGGACUUAUUGAGCCACUGCAGGCAUGGACAACCAGCAUGAGCGGUAUUUGUCAAGUUUAAAAAAAAAAAAAAAAUUGUUUUGCAUGAUCUUGUGUCUUUCAUAUUCGACGUUGCGUUCCUCUUUACCACUAAACCCUAUGGAGAAUGAUGAGGCAGCUAGCUGUCGGAUGCUAACACCCGGGGGGGAGGCUGGCUGACGUCCCGGCGAAGAGGACGGCGGACGGGACGGGAUGAGAAAUAAAACGGCGGCUCCAUGGAGAGUGCAGGCCGAUCUCGAUUUCCUGUCACGGGUUUCUUGUCAUUGUAUUAUAUUAGCUGUGUGCUCAUUCUUCAUAGUCGCUAUGGUUUCCAAUGACCAGUCCUCCCCCUCUGUCAUGUCGAUAUCCCCCUUGACUGCCAUUAUCUUAUUUUGUUAUUGAAUGUCCAUAUAAAAUGUUUUAUAUAAAAAUGUUUUGUUGUGAUUAAGCAUUCAGUUUGUUUUGUUUUGUUUUUUUAUUUGGAUUUUCUGUUUAUUAAGUAAACUGGAGGAUAAUUA